AUGAAACUCAGAGCUCUACUACGAGAUAAGGACGUGACGGAAGUGGCAGCAACGCUGGAAUUGAUUAAGCCAGGUGUCCGCGAGCUCAGCUCGUUUUUGACUUCGCAUGAAACAAAGAAGAAAGGUGACGGAAAAUCAAUCCAGUGGAUGUCGGACACGGAAUAUAUUUGCGAGGUUGUGCGCUUCCGACUACCGGAGUCCGUCGUUGAAGACGCUCUAGCUAAACUGAGAGGUGGUUUGGCAAAAGGGGAGGAGAUUGAGCUGGACAGUGAUGGAGGGGUGACACGCGAAACGGAAGGUUACGUGGCCGCCAUUGAGAAAGUUGGCAGAUUUACCCGGGUGCAGUUAGAAGCGAUGCAGUCGCUGUGGAAUUGGCAGGCUACAUGCCGGAAUGCGGUACUGUGUUGCACAUGGCUAAGCCAAGACGUGAAAGGUAUCUGUUGGCCAUACACACCGCUACAUGGCUUUGGCUUCGACCUGACCUACGCAGACCUUUUCUGCUUCAGAGACUCCGCUUGGCUGAACGACAACGCCUUGCGGGCUUUUACCGUGUUUCUGUCUACUUACAAGAACAACGUGACGGUGAUGGUUCCUCCUCUUAAGAAGGGUAAGAUGGGGAAGCACAUACUCGCACCAACGUCGCUGGACGAGGUUGCUAGUGGUAUUGAGGCGCAUGCUUUUGUAUUUAUGCCGGUCAAUUUUGGUGGAGUUCAUUGGGGAUGCAUCGUAGUGGACCGUGAAGCGCGGCUAGUGAAGACGUAUGACAGCAUGGGUGGGAAGAGAAACAAGAAACGGCUUAAGAAGAUGGCAAGCGAGCUCCUUGCAGGCCCCCUUGAGGAUGAAGCUUACAGCGACAUCGAAGUGACGGAGCCGAAGCAGACAGAUAGCGAUAGCUGUGGGGUGUUUGCUGAUGUGUCUCCCAGUGGCGUCACCAAGCUGCGUUGGGCAAUGCUGCACAAGAUCACCACGAUGAAGCGUAGCUAG